GUGAGUGAGCCACCAGUACAGAAGCUGAUGGGUAAGGGUGCUGCGCACUGAGAAGCUCCCCAAAUGCCUGCUGCUUCGCUCACUGCACUUACGUGGGAAUGGAUAGAGUUUUUGCGCAACGGUAAAGCGAUGGAUUUCCCUGCUGCUUGUCACGCUUUUGUUCUUGAAUGAUAAACGGAAUCCCUUAAUUUGCAGGCUGGGGAUAUCAUUCCUAUCUCAACACUAACAGAAAGGUAACGUAUAAAAAUCGGCGUUGAAAUGUCCGACUUCCACAACCGGAGCCAAACCAGCGCACGACGCAGUGACUACGUGUGGCAGUAUGAAUAUUAUGACGACGAAGAACCCGUGUCUUUCGAAGGACUCAAAGCGCACAGAUAUUCUAUCGUCAUAGGUUUCUGGGUCGGGCUCGCUGUGUUCGUCAUUUUCAUGUUCUUUGUGCUCACGCUGCUCACAAAGACAGGAGCGCCCCACCAGGAAAACCCAGACACCGCUGAAAAGCACCAUCGCCCGGGGAGCUGUCUGGUAGACGUCAGUGGCCACCAGGACGAAAGCGACAAAGCCUUCUCUCGCCCCUUGCUAGCGGGGACCCGUUCCUAUUUUAAUUUUUACAUUAACGAGGAGGACCAGGGGAAGCAGAAGACGGGCGACGGCAUGGAGGGCAGGCAAAGCGGGGGCCGACCCCAGCAGGGACCCUGCACCCGUUCCAGGGGCAUCAGCACCUCUGGGAUGGACGAGAUGGAAGAGGACAUUGAGGAAGCUGUGGGACACCAAGCUCUCACUGGAUUAAUAGAGGAGAGCAAGACAGACAGAGAGUGUGCCUUUUUGUCUCACUUCAACAUCCCCAACUUUGUGAACUUGGAUCACAGCUCCCCCCUUGGAGAGGAUGACCUGCUGUAUGAGCCAUCUGUCAUCCUGGAGCGUCAGUCUCACGAUGCUAACUGUGACGUCCACUAAGGCGAAGCAUAUAUUCAGACUGGCAUUUACAACCUGACACGUGGAAAUACUGUAUACUCACCUGCUACUCACCUAAUAUUUUUCCUAUAAAGCCUCUAUACUUGGAGUUAUCUUAUUUUUUCCAGCAAGCUUAGAACCAGAUGACCAAGGAGGACACAGUGACUUCAAAAUUCAAAGUGCGAUUCCUGUCUUAUAAGAUGAAAUUUCUUUCACUCUUAGAUAAAAUUGCCGCAGAAAUGAUUCCUGUUACUGUGAGUACCUGUACCUGAAAUAGACGGCUGUCAGCGCAGGAACAGAGAAAAAUAAAAGAGCAGCGAGGUCAGCAGGGGGAGAUCGUUUGUUGAAUUCAUUCUGCGGUUAUUGCUCCAACAAAACAAAACUGCCAGAUGGCUCACAGACGAGAUGAAAAGCACAGAGUUUAAUGAUGUUUGUUUCUCAACGCUCUCUGUAAGAAAGGGCAACGUGUACGUUAACCGUGUAAUUAGUAGCACAAACUCAAACAUGUUAUUGUUCGUUAACCAGAGAUCUGAGAAGAAGAGACGUGGGAUCAUCUCACACCGUGUUAAUCUUACAAGUGCUGAAUGUGGAUUGCACAAAUAAAGCCUAAAUGUUUUAUUGAAGUCA